CAGCAGGAGUGCGUCCUCCAGAUGGUGGCUGGGGCUGGAUGAUCGUGGCCGGCUGUUUCAUGGUCACUGUCUGCACUCGUGCUGUAACAAGGUAAAAACCAGAUUGGAUCACAUCAUUAUGUCUUGCUGUUGUAAUAUUGUGCCAUUUUUAUAUACAGCACCACAGCAUUGUCUCUAAAGACUCUAAACCUUUUUACCAUUGACUUUGAAACUGCGUAAACAAACACAGUAUAUGAAUAUUUCUGAUUCAUUCAGGCUGACUGUUUCUUAUGUAGUUAUUCUGUGCUCAAACUUAGACAUAGGAGCAGCAGAUACCAUGCAUAACACUAUGUUUAGUUCGCUCUACAGUGAGAAUUCUUGAAAAUAAACUGAGCACAGCAAGUAUGUGGAUUUUCUGUCAUGGCCAGUUCAGGUUACAUCUGCAACAUGGGUAAACAAUUUGGCAAGCUGUCAAACAAGGGGCCACAGCAGUCAUACUGGUUUUACAGGUAAUAGUUCACUGUCCACUAUAAUUUACAUUAAUUUACCUGGGACUAAGUGUGAUUUUAGCUGUUUGUGUUUCGUUUGAGUAAAGUCAGAUAUAGUGUAGUGUGAACACUUGUGUUUGGUGCCCUAUAUUGAGAACUGUAGUGUUGUUAAAGUGUUGUUAUCUAUGCCAUGUCUCCUGUCUGUGAUAGUUUGUGAAAAAUUAAUGAAGGGGAAAUAUAUACUGUAGUUCAUUAGCUGUUCCGCAGUUGUGAAAGUGCCCGAUGGCUGCUGUACCGUGGCUGGAAUGUGCUGUUCUCUGCAAAUUUACAUGUUGCAAAAUAGGCCUACGAUGUCCCUGCUUUACCGGUUAAGAAAGGUGUGGUAGAGAAAAAACUGCUUUUUCCAUUGUAGUGUAAAGCAGAUGGUAUGUCUCUCAUGUUAUGUCUCACCAUUAUACACAGAGAAACUGAUCCCUUAAGGUAUCCGUUUAAUUUUUAAUAAAAUAAAUAUUUUAAUAAUAAAAUAAAAAUAUAUCACUAUGUAAUGUGUUGUUGUUGUUUUUUUUAAUGAAAAUGAAUAAAUAAAUGAUAACAAGAACUGUCUUGGCCUCUCACCCUAUACAGAGAUACCAGAGAUACGUGGUAAUAAACAACUUAGUCCAUAUCAAAAGUCUCCUUAGAGGUGAAAGAGCAACUGACAAUUUAAUUUCUCUCUCUCUCUCUCUCUCUCUCUCUCUCUUUUUUUAGCCAGCUUUGAUGAGUGUAGUUUAGAACCUGAAGAAACACUUGGCCCUAAGCUGGCUCUAACAAGCCUGAACAGUAGAUUGAAAGACAUCUCUCCCUCCGAUGGCCCCUGGCUGGCGUUGCAUGUGUGUUGUUUGGCCAAUGAUUAAGUAUGUGAGAGUCACUGGCUGUCAUAUUCACUCUCACUGAUUUGACCCUGGUCUCCUGCUUGGUGCUUUCACCGUGUUUGUUCAGGUGCAGGCAGGCUGUGAUGAGGCUUGUGCCUCAUUAGCCCUUUUCCCAGCUCUCCAACUCAAAAGCCCCCCCAGGACUCAAAAGCUCAGCUUCUUACUGUCCAGCUAAGCAGCAGUAAUUGCAGCGUCUCCUCUCAUUUGAUAGAAGAUGCAUCUCCAUCUUUUUUGUCGAAUUUCAAAUGUACUUUGCACAUGAUUACUCUGGGACUGCAUGGAUCCACUCGUUAGUAGACUGCACCACCAUGCUGUGUGCUCCUCUGGGCAGCCUGAUUGGGAAUCAGCUUUCAUGUCGUGUCGCUGUGAUACUUGGAGGAUUCCUGGCCUCUACUGGAUUGGUGCUUAGCUCUUUUGCCACCAGUUUAGAGUAUCUCUACCUCUCUCUAGGUGUCUUAACUGGACUUGGCUUUGCUCUCUGUUACACACCAGCCAUCAUUAUGGUUGGCGUUUAUUUCUGCGAGAGGAAGGCUUUUGCUUACGGCAUUGCUAUGUCUGGCAGUGGCAUCGGCACGUUCGUGCUGGCUCCUGUGGUGCAGCUACUGAUUGAACACUACUCUUGGCGUGGUGCUCUGCUUAUCCUGGGAGGCUUGGUGGCCAACCUGUGUGUGUGUGGAGCUCUACUACGGCCCAUCACUCUCAAAGAAGAGGAAGCCUUGCCCCUGCCAGUGGACUCUGAGUGUGGAUACAGUUCAACACCUCUCACAUCUGAUCAGAAAGAGAUGAACAACAAAGAGCAGAAACACAGCAAGCAACGCUGCAUGCACUUCUUGCAGGACUACCAUUUCCUGCUUAUGCCCGACUUCCUGGUCUUGGCAGGCUCCUUCCUGCUCCUGGCCAGCGGCUGCAGCCUGCCAUUUGUGUACUUGGUGCCCUACGCUCUAGACGCAGGUGUCAGUCACCACCAUGCUGCCUUUCUUAUGUCUAUUUUAGGUGUCAUUGACAUUGUGGGCAACAUCACCUUUGGCUGGCUCACAGACAGAAGGUGCCUGAAGAAGUACAGGACCAUUUGUUACAUGGCUGCUGUGGGGAUGGAGGGUCUCUGCUGCCUCCUCAUCCCUCUCCUAUGUACAUUCACUCUGCUAGUGCCCUUCUCAGUGCUCUAUGGCUAUUUUGAUGGUGCCUAUGUGGCCCUUAUUCCUGUGGUGACAUCAGAUGUAGUGGGGAAAGCAUGCCUGUCAUCUGCACUUGGUGUUGUGUACUUCCUGCAUGCUAUUCCAUACCUGCUUAGUCCCCCUAUUGGAGGCUGGUUGGUGGACACCACCGGCACCUAUACAGCGACGUUCUUUCUCAGUGGUUUUGCGCUCAUCUCCAGUGCUCUCCUGCUGUGCAUCCUCACCAUGGUCCGCCACUGCCAGAGAAUUCAGAAGAACUCACUAAGCAAAGUGUCCACACCAGAAGCAUGUGAAACAAAACAGGUGGAGUUUUAUACUGCAAAAUUCUUCUAGUGUUGGACCUAUCAUUUACUGUAAAUGAUCUGUUAGCUUUUGUUUUUGUAAACGUACAUGUUAAGUACUUGGUCGGGGGGAAAAAACCCAUUUGUAGCAUUACCAGCACAUUUUCACAGUCUCCAAUCCCAUUAAUGUGCCUUUUCUAUCUGGCAAACUUUCUGUUGAAAAGCAUUUCAUUCUUAGAUUGUGAAUGAAAAGUUGGAAACAGAAAAGGUGAGUUAGAGUUGGUGCAUAUUGCAUCGUUUUUUUUGUUUUUCAAUAUAAAGUGUUUGUUCAAAAGUGUCAUAUAACUUGAGUGUGUUCCAUUUUACACUAGUAUUACUGUACUGUAGUAAAAAAAAAAAAAAAGGUAUAUUUUCUUAUGAACAGAAUUGUGCAAGACUUCAUGAAGUAGGCAAGACCAGGAUUUGUUAACAUGAUUCAGCUUGGAAAAGAAAUGAGUGCCACAAGAGGGCAGUGCUGAUUUAACUCACUACAAUCUUGGAUGAUUGUUGGAAGCCGCCAUGUUGUCACACAAUGUUUAUAUCAAGUACAAUGACAUUAAAAUAGGUUUUAGUGACCUUUUUAUUAGCUAGUUUUACAUAUCAUCUUUAUUUUAUGAGAGAAUAAAGAGUUACAAAGUCUUUUACAAUAAACCUGUUUCAAACUAAAUUAUGAUUAAUAAAAGCUUAGCCCAGUGAAAUAAAUCUUCUGUACUGAUCCAAUGCUGUUAUCUUGAAUGAACAUUUAUUUCUGUUAAAGUAAUAAAGUGUACAUGUUUAAUACUGCC